CUUUUUUAUUGUGUACAAUAUUUGGAGCUGAACGGAAUCGCCUCUACUAGACUGUUCUGCAUAGUAAUAACGAUUAAUUGUUACCGGCGAUGGUUCUAGUGUCAGGGCCAGUGUGUUAUUGAUAAUAAAUGGUGAACAUAAAAUAUGUCACCAGGAAAUAAUUUUUGCAAAAGCUGGUACAUCGCAGGAAAAAUCAAAGAAAGAAGAACAGUUGUCGUUCAUUAACGUUUUCUGAUUUUUGGGGAUAAUUAAAGCAUCGCAGGGGAAAGACGUACUGUCUGAAACGUGGACAAAGUGUGACUGUUGAGCCGGGGAAUAUAUGGAAAUGGAGUCGUCCUUCCGGAGAGGGGUUACCAGGGAGAAGAGGCUCAUUGAGCUGCUGAGAUUGAGAGAAACACAUGAAUUACCGGCAAGAACUGUACGUCGCAAACUGCACGUUACAGACGAUUUCAUCGUGCGAUUGGGUCUCCACAAGGAGCUGGAGGGACAUAAGGGGUGUGUUAAUUGUCUAGAAUGGAAUCAAACUGGAGAGAUGCUUGCUUCGGCAUCAGAUGACAUGCAUCUCAUCCUCUGGGAUCCUUUUCGUUAUCGCAAGAAAUUAGCUCUUCACACGGGUCACAAUGGAAAUAUCUUCUCAGUGAAGUUCAUGCCUGAAUCGAAUGACUCGAUAUUAGUGACUGGGGCUGGUGACAAUGGAGUCAGAGUUCACGACGUUUCAAUAUCCAAUACGAUAUUUAUUUGUACCUGUCACACUGGUCGUGUCAAACGAAUAGCUACCUUGGAUAAUGUGCCUUCGGUAUUUUGGAGUGCUGCGGAGGACGGUCUCAUCCUCCAGUAUGACAUGAGAACCAAACACAACUGUAAAUCAAGUGAUUGUAGAAAUGUACUCAUUAAUUUAGUCAAUCAUGCGGGUAGAAAAGCAGAGGCCAAGUGCAUGGCUGUUAACAGGAGAAGACCUGAGAUCAUAGCUGUUGGAGCAAAUGAUCCUUAUGUGAGGAUGUAUGACAGAAGGAUGAUCAAAUUAGGGCAGAUACCAGUGGAGCUGUCUGGGCAGAAUGAUCUAUCACGAUUAAGUCACAACGUUCAGAAUAGUGCUGGUAGAGGAGAUAUGGAUGGCAAUAUACCUCUUGGUUGUGCUCAAUACUUUGUCGCCGGUCACUUAAAGUCACCGAAGACGAGAUACAGUGAACGAAAUUUUGCCACAACUUAUUUGACCUUCUCGGAUGACGGUAAUGAGUUGCUUGUAAAUAUGGGCGGUGAACAAAUUUAUCUCUUCGAUAUCGAUAGGCAUAGAACCUCAGCAACUUAUGAAAUACCUCAGGAAUCGUCAGGUGACAAUGAGUGUGAACUGAAUGACGAGGAGAUUACGAGACUGGCUUAUGGACUCGAUAGGAUAGACGGAGAGGUUCAUCCUGCUCUUGUAAAUACUUCUGAAUUGCCAGAAGCCGUUGAAAAAUUAAAACAGGAGGCAAAUUGUGCUUUUCAAAAUGGACACUAUCCGUACGCGGUGCAUUUAUAUAAUAAAGCCAUUGAAAUGUGUCCAACAGCGGCUGUUCUGAAUGCGAAUAGGGCUGCAACGUAUAUGAAAAGGAGAUGGCAUGGUGAUAUUUAUGCAGCCCUCAGAGACUGUCAGAGGACCCUGCUGUUGGAUCCUAAUCACGUUAAGGCCCAUUUCAGACUGGCUCGAUGCCUUAAUGAUCUGUAUCGUCCGGCAGAAGCCUAUAAAGUGAUCCAAGAUUUUCAGGAAAAAUAUCCCGAAUACGACUCAAAUGUCGCUCAUAAGGCCCUCAAAAAGGAUAUCAAAAACGCUAUGAGUUCGGAUAAUGGAAAUGUGGUCUACUUGACCCAAGUGUCAUCAUAUGAGCAGGAAUGGCGGCGUCGAACAAUCGACUACAAACAACGAUUUUGCGGCCACUGCAACACCACAACGGAUAUAAAGGAGGCGAAUUUUUUCGGAAGUAAUGGCCAGUUCAUAAUGGCUGGUUCUGAUGAUGGUUUCUUCUUUAUCUGGGAUCGGGUAACGACUAAUAUUGUUAGGAUUCUACGGGGUGAUGGGAGAAUUGUCAAUUGUCUUCAGCCCCAUCCAUCAACGUGUCUUUUAGCAACCAGCGGAAUUGACCCUGUUAUAAGAUUGUGGAGUCCACUCCCCGAGGACGGGCAUGUAAAUGAUCGAAUAGUUCAAAAGAUGUACGAAGCAGCAUCAGCAAAUCAAGUGCGAAUGAAUAGUGAUCCAUUCGAGCUGAUGGUAAUGAGUAUGGGAUAUCGUUUUUCCACUCAAUCGGGAAUGAAUUCCAGUGAUGAACAAAAUGACUCAUCGCCUCCGAGUUGUCGACCGAGCUAGGUCACUAGGGAACGGCACUGAUACCCAAUCAUCCUCACGGACCAUUGAAGUCAGUAUGUAACAACAAUCUGUGAACAAAUUUGACAUUGUUGAUGCUCGUCGAUAUUAUCUAUGUUAAUUAAUAUUUAUAUAUCGAUAUACAGCGAACAUAAAAUUCGUUUCUACCGCA